AUAGACUUUAUCAUUAGUGAAAAAUAGCCUCAAGUCGAAGCCGUAAACUGUAGGCUUCAAAAUAUAAGGAAAAUAGUCUUUCGAUAAAAUCGCUCGAAAUAUGUGAUGACCCCUUUUGGCAUAUGUCAAAAUUAUGUGUGGAGAAUAGUCUCUGACCGAAUUCGUGAUCUGUAUCCUUUAAUAAAAAAGGUAUUCCGAAAAAAAUCGUUCGGAAUCUUUGAUGAUACCCAUUUGAAAUAUGCCAACAAUGGUCUAAAAAAAUCUAUCGAAGUGAUUGAUAGACUUAAUCAUCAAUGAAGAAUAUUAUCAAUCUGAAUCCGUGACAUGUAACUUUUAAAAUUAAAAAAAUAAUAUUUCAAAAAAAUUUCCCGAAAAUUUGUGAUAAUACCCAUUUGAAAUUUGCCAAAUAUGAUAUCGGAAAAAUUCUCUUCUCCAAUUCUCCUUAAUAGACUUAAUUGCACGAGAACUAUGUUAUUCCCCUGUCAAACUCGCUUUCGUUGAGACACACGCCACUCUAAUCAAUCGUCCGAUUCGGAACAAAACUAGGCUGAAAAUUGAACGUACUGAUACCCAGCGACGGCGAUGGUAGGUUCCAAAGCUGCGAUUGAGGUGGCGAAGACGGUCAUCGAGGUGGCCGACGUGGCGUGGACGGCCAUGGAGUUCGGCCACCACCACCAUCUCCACACCCACGAUCAAGAAGAGACCGGUACGCAGGCCAAAGCCGCGGAAUCUAUGUCGGUAGAUGAAGAAUUGGUAGCCUUGAGAUCCGAGAAUCGGCGGUUGAAGAGCUUGCUCGAGCACAAUCUCAAGCUCCUCCAGAAUUUGUCAGAAUCGCCUCCUUUGAUGAGUGAUUGCCCUCCUGAUCUCUAUGCUCGCCUGGCUGCCACUGUGGAUUCUGAAAAAUUCUUGAGCCAGCUUAAAUCCCUCCAAGAGGCAACCAGAAAUGGAGCUACUCCUGGAUUCCCAUUCAAGGAGGCUACAGGUGAUGACUUGCACACUGUGGAAGUUCUUAUUAAGGUUGACCAAGAAGAACCGAGUAGGUGGGUAUGGGUCACGGAAGAAAUGAUUCAUGGCAAUACUGAAGAACAUAGUGGAAUAGAUAAUGAGUGCUACGUGGUCAUCAACGAGGAUCAGGUGAUUGAUGCAGUUGCUACCUUUAUGGCUAAGUGCAUAACUGCAAACCCAAAAUCUCAGAAAUAUUCCCCUGAGGCUCUCCAGACAGCCAUUACACAAGCUCUCGGCGGUGGUGGUGUUAGCAAAUUUGAGAGAGCAAUGGAUAUUUGGCAUGCCUGGCAGCUGUUCUACGCCCUUUCGACCUGGGGAAUUGCAUUGGCAGGUUUGUACAAGACUCGGGCUGUGUGGAAAUAUGCUGCCGUGGGUGUUCACAAGACCAGCAAGGUUGUCCUCAGGGCUCUGUGAAUCAGAGGAAAGACUUAUUGUGUGAUGUAAAUAUAACAAAUUUGUGUGGGGAGGUUUAUAUCUCAAUGUCGAAAUAUCCAUGUGAUUGUUCAAGCUCUUCCCAAUUGUAGAUAUGUUCUCUGUAAAUAUUAGCGGGAGAUGGCAAUCACAACAUUGUGAUAUUCCAGUCAUUGUUUGAUUGGAUUGGACAAGAGAUCAAAGGAAUAUUUCCAGUUACAAACUUUACUAUGACUCCCAAAAUUGAGCUUCAACAAUAGAUCAAAAGUAGCCAGCAGAAAAUGGACGAGGAAUUGUGAAUGUUAGUUCUUGGGGCUACUUCCAUUUUGAGCAUUCACAUGGCUGCUUCCAGCUCCAGCAAUGGAGAGGAGAACUGAGUUUCGUGGAAGCUCGAACGGCGUUCUUAUUUCUGCUCCAGGUGUGGUUUCAGAUAGAUUGACAAACUGUUAAAAAGACAUCGAUAAUUUAUUACCAAAACGUCAAAUGACUGAGUUGCAAACAAAGAAAAGAAUGACAUGCUUACUUUGAGACUGAGCUUCUAACAAGAUUUUUAAGAUCUACGAUUCUGAGACCUUUCUCUUGCGAUCUGAUGCAGCAUCUGACUGAGCCUUACCAAAGACUGACCUGUACCACACCAGUAGUGUAGAUGAUAAGAUGUAGAGCCUAUAUACCAAAAGUAAUGAUGUUCAAGACAUCUCUCAACUGCAAAGAAUGUCUCAUAUCAUACAUAGAUCAGUAGGAGAAGACCGAGGAAAGUACUUACUACUUACCCACAAGUUGAACAUUUGUCAUGAUGCUCACAGAAUAUCGACAAGCAAACAGAACAUACAUAGCCCAUAUCGAUUGUUGUUUUAUGGCAAAAACAUCUGCAGUAACUCAUAGGUUAGUUGCUGCUUUGUAAUUAGAAAUCAAUGCAGCAAAAAACUGCCAUCUCUGGGGCCAGCUUGUUGCGUAUGAUAUGCAAAACAGAUAGGUCUUCAGUUUGAUGGUUGGUAUGGGAAGAGAAAGGAAGAGAGCAAAUCAAUGCUGCAAAAGAAAUGUACUGAAAAGGGAAAGAACAAAAUAAAACCACACCCACGAAGCACGAAAAUCUACACCAGCUGGCCUAGGCAGUUGCAAGAAGGUUCUCGAGUGCAAGUCGACUGCAAAUACAGUCUGCAAAGAUAAUGAGAAUGUGAUAUCGAGCCAGUAGUUUCAACCAAGUCCAUCUGUAAUUCUGCAUGGCUUGUCACUAUUGCAAAGUAACACAUAACCUCUAUAAGAAAGGAAAAAGAGACAUACCGCUAAGUAUUGAUACAACCCUUCCAAAUGUUGGGGCUUAACAUAUACACCUCCUGUUAUGUAUGAAGCCUGUCAACACAAUGAUCGAUCAGAUAUCAAUAACUACCUCCAUCAGCAAAAGAACAUCAUGCAGAAGGUUUUACUACCUGCUGCAAGAAGGCAGAAUUAUGUGAACCAACAUAACAACAAUCUAUUGGCACCUGCCGCAGUGGCAAUUAACAGUGUUUAAGUCAAUCCCAACAUGGAGAAAAGAGAAUAUAUCUCGGAUGUCAAACUUUGACAAGAUGAAAUCCGGUUCCGAAGUAGAAAAAAACUAACAGCCAAACAAAAGUAGACACAACCAUAAAAUAAUUUGAAUAAGAAAAAAAUGAGUGCAUUGUAGUACCAUUUAGCGUUGUGCAGAGAAAAUUGCAUUCAUUGUUGACACAUAUCUGGAUUACGAAGAAAAAGGUGAUACUGAGAUCCAAAGGGAAAGAAAACACAAGCGACUUGAAAGGAUAAAGAACGCAUUGCUCAGAUCCAUCGGGAGAUCCCUGCAAACACAAAAUCUGCACUUGUCUGUGAAUGCCAUGGCCAAAGGAAAUAAAAAAAUAUAUAUAUUGCAACAGGGUAUAUGCAACCAUGAAAGGCAGAAGUAAACAAUAACUAAUUCCUCAUGAAUUUCAACUAAUAUUCCCGGGGAUGCUGCUCCGGUGCUCCCCUUAUUCAUCAUGAGUUUUAACAUCAAUGAGCAAACAAAAAUGACAUCGGAAAAAAUUAGUUCAAAUCGGUGCUUAAUAUACAUAAUCAUUAGUGAAGAAUAGCAUUUAGGCUGAAUCUGUGAACUGUAGUAGUCUUCAAAAUUUAAGGAAAAUGAAAUUUCCAAAAAUCGCUAAAAUGUUUACCAAAAUGCCCUCCGAAAAAUUUCCGACCAAACCGAUGCUUAAUAGACUUAAUCAUUGGUGGAGAAUAGCCUCAUGAGUCAUGCCGAAUCCGUGAUCUGUAGCCUUCAAAAUCUCAGGAAAAUUACCUAUCGAAAGAGCGCCUGAAAUUUAUGAUGGUGCCCAUUUGAAAUCUGUCAAAAUUGACACCGGAAAAAAUUCAUCUGAAUCGGUGCUUAAUAAGCUUAAUCAUCGGUGAAGAUUAGCCUCAAACUGAAUAUAUGAUAUGAAGUCUUGAAAAUCCAAAGAAAAUUAUAUUUCAAAAAAAUAAAAAUUCAAAAAAUGCCCUCUAUAAAAAUUCACAAAAAUCGACGAUUAAUAGACUUUAUCAUUAGUGAAAAAUAGUCUAAAUUCGAAGUCGUAAACUGUAGGCUUCAAAAUAUAAUUGAAAAUAGUCUUUCGAUAAAAUCGCUCGAAAUCUGUGAUGACCCCUUUUGGUAUAUGUCAAAAUCAUUGGUGGAGAAUAGUGUCUCACCGAUUCCGUGAUUUAUAUCUUUUAAACCCCCCAAAAAAUGGUCUUUCAAAAAAAUCGCCCGGAAAUUUUUAUGAUACCCCUUUGGAAUAUGCUAAAAAUGGCCUCAGAAAAAUCUAUCAAAAUCGGUGCUUGAUAGACUUAAUCAUCGAUGAAGAAUAUCGUUAAUCCGAUUUCGUUACUUAUAACCUUAAAAAUCCAAAAAAAAAAGAUAUUUUAAAAAUAUCUCUCAAAAUUUGUGAUGAUAUCUUUUGGAAUUUGCCUGGUCUCGGCCAAAAUUUUCUUCUCUUUAAUAGACUUUUAAUUACAGGAUAACUAUGCUAUUCCCCUGUCAAAAUUCUCUUCCCUUUAAUAGACUUUUGGAAUCGCUCAAAAAAUUACCAAAAUGCCCUCCGAAAAGUAUCCGCCUAAACCGAUGCUCAAUAGACUUAAUCAUCGGUGGAGAAUAGCCUCACGCCAAAUCCGUGAUCUGUAGCCUUCAAAAUCAUAGGAAAAUGGCCUUUCGAAAAAAGCGCCUGAAAUCUAUGAUGGUACCCGUUUGGAAUCUGCCAAAAAUGAUCCCGGAAAAAAUUCGUCCAAAUAGGUGCUUAAUAAGCAUAAUCAUCGGUGAAGAUUAGUCUCAGACCGGAUAUAUGCUAUGUAGUCUUGAAAAUUCAAAGAAAAUGACAUUUCGAAA